CGCGAGAUUGUCGAACAGCAGGCGCCGGUGGGCAGCAUGGCUGACUCGCUGCUACUGUUCAAGAGGGGUCCUUCUCGCUCCACGUGGCUGCGGGCCCGUAAGGCCCGGCCGCACCUCAUCCUCAGCUACCGGCCCCGCCGCCGGCUCGGGAGGCUGCGCUGGCGCGGCCGAAGGCGGUUUCGGCGGCGACUGCUGCAGGCCCAGGCGGCCGGCGCAGACUGGCGGGAGGGCGGCUGCCUGGUGUCGCGCGCGGCGGCGUCCCGGAGGCCCAAGACCGCGGCCCCCAGCCCCCGCCCGGCCGAGGAUCCGGCCCCGAGUUGUUCCACGAUCCUCCCCAUCCCGCCAGUGCGGUCCGCCGGCUCGGGCCGCGCCGUGUUGCUGCUGCCGCUGGGGCAGGGCUUUACUUUUAGCGGGAUCUGUCGUGUGACCUGCCUCUAUGGCCAGGUGCAGGUGUUUGGUUUUACCAUCAGCCAAGGCCAACCUGCCCAAAAUGUCUUCUCUACCUAUACCCACUCUCGCCUGACUAUCAAUGCAGUUCAUUACUCAGUGCAUGAGAAAAGCAAGAAAGAGAUGAAAAGGGAAGCCCGAAGUUUGCUCAGAUCUUAUCUGAACCAAGAUGACAGAUAUUGUUUGAUGAAGAAUUUUUCUCCUCUGUGUUCCAUUCUGUUGCUGGAACGUCUGAAAACCUCCACUGUGAACUUCAUAAUCAGCCAUCCAGGUUUAUCUUACGUUUUCGUACAAGAGAUUCCGACUUUCCAGAUUAACUCUGAGUAUUUCGCCUUGAAAUCUGUUGGCAUUAGAAGAGAGAGAAAAAAAAACGGCCUUCGUUUAACCGAGAGUGCCUUUUCAGUCAUGGAAGAGUUAGUCAGCAUUUCUUGUGAAGAAGCAGACGGCUGCCCUGUCAUUCUGGUUUGUGGCUCUCAGGACAUUGGAAAGUCAACAUUUAUUAGAUACCUGAUUAACCAGUUGUUAAAUAGUAUAUCCUGCAUUGACUAUUUGGAAUGUGAUCUGGGACAGACAGAAUUUACUCCGCCGGGUUGCAUUUCUCUACUUAAUGUUACGGAACCAGUUCUAGGACCACCUUUCACCCACCAGAGGACACCCCAGAAAAUGGUCUAUUAUGGGAAGCCUUCUUGUAAAAACAACUUUGAAAAUUAUAUUGAGAUAAUAAAGUAUGUGUUCAGCUCCUACAAGAGAGAGUCCCCUCUUAUCGUCAACACGAUGGGCUGGGUGGCAGACCAGGGUCUCCUGCUUCUCAUUGACCUGAUCCGACUGCUGUCACCCAGCCACGUCGUUCAGUUCAGCUCCGACCGGGGUAGGUACAUGCCAGACCUCAGCCCAAGCUACGUGGACGACAUGGACGGCUUGUACACCAAGAGCACGUCCAAAGUCAGAAACAGAGGAUUCCACCUGGCAGAAUUUGCAGACAAUUUGGAAUUUGCUGACGAAGAAAAGGAGAAUCCAGUUCUGUGUACUGGAUACAAACUGAUGUCCGUUAAGUCGGAGUUUGUGUCUGGAAAAACUCCAAGAAAUAGAGAAUCACAUAACAAAGUCCUUCGCGAGUUGGCAGUGCUGAGUUACCUUGGCCAGUUGCAGCCCCCAGUGCCAAAGCCACUGUGUCCCUUACAUGGUCUGACACCCUAUCAGGUCCCUUUCAAUGCCGUCGCACUCCGGAUUAUCCACGCUGAUGUCGCUCCGACCCACAUAUUAUACGCUGUGAAUGCCAGCUGGGUUGGGCUUUGCAAGAUCCUGGAUGAUGUCAGAGGGUAUGCAAGUGGGCCCAUCCUGCUUGCCCAGACGCCCAUCUGUGAUUGUUUGGGGUUUGGAAUUUGUAGAGGGAUCGACAUGGAGAAGAGGCUUUACCACAUCCUUACGCCUGUGCCCCCGGAAGAGCUAAGAAACGUGAACUGUCUGCUGGUUGGAACCAUUUCCAUUCCACAGUGUGUUCUCAAGAGCCAGCGUGGGCUCGAAGGGACGAUACCUUACGUCACAACAGAUUAUAAUUUUAAACUUCCUGGAGCAUCAGAGAAAAUUGGAGCAAGAGAAAUUGAGGAAACACGUAAAGAGAAAGUACAUCCCAAACCUAAAUUCUAUCGAAAAACAAACUGAUCCUGAUGUUCUUAAUAAGGGGAGGACCUUUUUUACCGAGAGCUUGACUCUGUCUCCAGGCUAGCACCAGCGGACUGAUGGGGUUCUGUGGGCACGAACGGAACGGCGCGCUUACGUAGCAAAUGGUGCAGUGUUUGCUGCGUAACUUGUGGAUAUGUUUAGAGUGCAUUUAAGUCUGUUCUUAAGUCGACAUGACCCAGAGGUUUGCCCUAGUCUUCUGUUUUAUUUUCUAAGAGAGUAAAGCAGCAGGGAAAAGUUUGUGCGCCAUUGAAACAGAAAGAACAUGGUAGAUUCCUCGUAAAGUUUUUCCAGGACCUGGUUGCUGGCAUCUGGAUAAAAAUAGAGUAACGGGAGCCACAGAAACGUCCCAAGGGGGAAGGCAGUCUGGCCAGCAGGAUGGAGAGCAUAACGGAAUAUGGUGGCGCCCUGUGGUCCUUGCCCAGGGGCGGGGGGGCAUUCCCAUCCCUGCUCAUUGGAUGGUCUCCAACCCCUUCCAUGCAUGUCGGCCAAGGGUUAAGCCUCUGUUUGGUCUGUUAAAGUUAAUCAAGGUUUCAGAGAUAAAAGUUUGACUCCAGAGCCCUU